AUGCCCUAUACCCCACCGUCGAAGUCACCAGUUUCCUCGGCUCCAGCCUCUCCUGAGAGCAGCCGCAGGCCGUCUUUCCACUCUUCUAGUUCUUCCCGUCCUACUCUCCCCAGAUCAUCUGCCUACCUCACAAGACAACGACGGACACCACCGCCCCAGCCCCCAGCAAUUAACACCAACACCGAACCAUCUCCCGUCCCUACUGCCGAAGACCUCAAGAGCCUGGCCACCAGCAGCGUCAGGCAAUCACCACCGCCCAUUACUGGAGACCGCGGGAUGCCGAACGGUGCCAUCAUCUCGCCCCCUGACACCUCCAGUGAUGAGGAGCCCGAAGUCCCAGGGAAGUCUCGUGGGACCCUGAUUGCCGAUGCCGUCAGCAAGAUUCAGCCUAACACUAGCAAUGGGGAGGAUGCUUCGACACCCUCUCAGAAGCCGGAGGGUCUGCGUUUGAGCCACAGCACGACUUCUCUGGACAGCCUACGGCGAGGACACACCCGGUCUGCCACGGAGCCCAACAUUAGCUUCAGCACGAGCACAUCCACCAACAGCCCAUCGACUGGAUCGGAGGAAGAUUCCGAGGGUGAGAAGCGUCCUAAGACCCCGAUGGUGCGCAAGAAGUCUGGUGAACUCGUCAGGCCAGCUCUUCGUACCCCGGGACGCAGGCGACCUUCCAGCGCCCCUGGCACCCCUACGUUCGCUAAGGCGGUGCACUUCGACUCCCAUCUUGAGCAUGUGCGUCACUUCUUACAGCUUGAUCGGCCACUGGCUGUCAGCGCAGGGUCGUCGCCUGUGGAUAGCUACGACAGCGACACCGAGUACCCGUUCGAUCGGGAAAAGGAGUCUAGCUCGCGGUCUCAGUCCUACGAGUGGGAGUUGGUCCUCACCAACUUUCCUGCUGAUACCUCGGCUCGCCGGUGGCAGCCCGUCCGGCUCGAGCGUGUGUGGCUGUCAAACGACCAGAAAUGCCUUGUCGGUUCAGUUGCUGUGGGCAACUUUGCUUUUCAGAAGCAAGUUGCUUGCCGGUUCACGCUUGACUAUUGGAAGACCACGUCCGAGGUGGCAGCCGAUUAUUUGUGCGAGAUUCGCCCUGUUGAGACCCCACAUAGCCAGGACCGGUUUCAGUUCAGCAUCCAGUUGUCCGACCUGGUCAACCUCGAGUCCAAGACGCUGUACUUCUGCAUCCGGUAUUCCGUCAAUGGUCAAGAGUACUGGGACAACAACAACGGCAAGAAUUUCCAAGUUGACUUCCGCAAGAAGUCGCUUCAUCGGGAUUCCAAGAAGAGCAUGGGUUCCCGCGGGUUCACUGACCUGCCGAAGAGCAGUCGCCGCGGCACUCUGCCGACUAGCUCGCGUUCCAAGAAGACGGUUGACAGCGACAACGAUGACUUCAGCGAGAGCGUCAAGUUGAACUUUAGCCAAACCAUUCGUGAGUACCUGGGUGAGGAGCCGGAGCCGAAGGGUCCGAGGUUGAAGGGUGUCCGCAGCUCCAACGAGCUUGUGAGCGACAACCUUUCUAUUCGCCUGUCCGGGCCCUCCGGCCAGCUUUCGACCCGGUACGACUUCAGCAGCUCGCUCAGCCGGGCCAUCAAGAGCGCUAAGGAGGCGAAGUCAGCUCCUCCUUCGGAUGGGUUGUACAUGAAGUCCUCGAAGAAGAUGGGACCGGCAACCUUUGACGAGGGUGACAAGGACAACAAGCCUCAGCCGUCGACUACGAACGAGGGGUCGAAGAACAGCGCGGCGUCUGUUCUCGGAACCAGCUCGUCUUCGGAUACUCCCAAGCCCAGCAUCGCCUCUGCCUCGUACGAGGAGAUCUUGAGCAAAUGGUGCUUUUACAGCACUAAGUCCAAGAUCACCCAGCCGCGGGUGAGCGCCUCCGACAGUUCUGUGCGCAGCCCGACCAGCAGUAGCACUGGCAGCUACGGAGGCAGCCCCGUGCAGACCGGCAACUACUACCACAACUUCGGUGAGAUCGGUGCUUCUCCUGCGGAAGCUCCCCUCAGCAGCUUCCCGACGCACCCCACUGGCAGCCCUGUUGGCGGCGCCAUGCAGAACAACUUCAUUCCCCUAACUGCUAUUUAA